UUUUUUUUUAAUAAUAGAAAUAAAUUUUUAAAUUAUCAAAUAUUUAAACAUAUUAGAUUAUUUAAUAAUAAUAUACAUUCACAAGAGUUUACAUUAGAAAGAUUAGAAUGUUACAAAUAUAAAGAGUAUUUAAAGUCGGUUAUAAUUUUAGAUUGUAACGAAGAUGAAAAGAUUGCAAAGCUAAACAAGAUUUUAGAAUCAUUACCAAAUAUUAAGUCUUUAGAAAGUCCAAGAGAUUUCAAUAGAGAGUUGCCACAACAAGAGUUUACCAAGUUAGAGGCAGUAACAUUUGGUAGUCAUUUCAAUAGUGGCUUUGUCUGCUGCACUUUGCCUGUCAUAUCCAUUGCAGAGAAUCUUACUUCUCUUCAUUUUGGUGACAAUUUCAAUCAACCCAUAGAUUUAGUUUUACUACAAAAUUUAAAAACUCUAUCAUUUGGUUCAAACUUUAAUCAAAAAAUUAAAUCUGGUACUCUUCCUGAUAGUUUGCGUAUUUUAAAGUUUGGUGCUCAUUAUAAUCAAGAAAUGGACAAUGCUGUUUUCCCAAAGAGUUUAGAGUCUCUUACAUUUAGUACAUGCUUUAAUAAAAAGAUCUUUCAAAAGAGAGGGUGCAGCGGCAGUGAUGGCAAGGGUGGCAUUAUUUCAUCAAUUCUAGGUAAAACUUUGUGCCGUAGUUCAUCAAAAAAAUAUUAUAGAGACGAGGUUAAUUUAAAAUCGUUGGAGUUUGGUGAUUACUUUAAUUUACCAUUAAAGAACAUUCGUUUGCCAUCAUCCUUGACCCUUUUAAAGUUUGGCUCAAAUUUUAAUCAAAAAACAUUCACAACAACUCCUUCAAUUACAAAGUUUAAAAAUUUAACUACUUUAAUAUUUGGUAAUCUAUACAACCAAAAUAUAGUCUAUUUGCCACCAUCUCUUGUUUCAUUAGAGCUCUCAUUUCACUUUAACAGUAUUAUCAGUGCAUCAGCUAUCCCAUCCACCUUAGAAAAGAUUUCUUUUGGCUAUAUGUAUAAUAAGAGUCUAUGCUGCUUAAAGGAUUCAAAUGUUAAAACUGUAAUAUUGGGUACAUCUUUUAACCAGCCUCUAUAUACUGAUGUAAAUAAAUUGGUGUCAAACUGCAUUGAAAAUGAAAAUAAAUCAGACUUACCAUCGAGUUUAACCCAUUUGGAUCUUUCAAUAUCAACUAGAUUUGAUCAAGAUAUUGGCAGCACUCUACUAAAUACAAGUUUAAUUACAUUAAAAUUACACAAAAAUUAUAAGAAGCUUAUAAAUAUCAACUUAUUACCAAAAUCACUCAAUGACCUUCAAUCUGAUGGCUCUUCUUCUUCUUCAACACUUACAACAUCAACUAUUAAAUCAUAUGAUACAUCACCAAAUUCUAAAAUGGAGAUACAGCAAAUGAUAUCAACAUCCUCAUUAUUACCCAUUUCAAAGAUUAUAUUUGAUAAAUCAUUUAGACAACCAAUUCCACCAGGUUCUAUAAAAUCAAAUUAUUUAAAGACCAUUGAUUUUAGAUUCCUUUAUGUUUCACCAUUGUUAAGGCCAGGCUCAAUACCAGACGGUGUAGAAACUGUAUCAUUUAAUAUAUAUAAUAUUAAACUAUUAAAAGGUAUCUUGCCAGCAAGUGUAAAAAAUCUUUAUAUCAGCUCAUAUGGCCUUAAUCCUAUCAUUGACGCAGGUACUUUACCAAACACUAUCGAAAAAAUCUUUAUUCGCCAUUCAGAAAAACCGGUUCAAUUUAAAUCAAUCUCGUCAUUACCAUCAAACCUCGAAAAUAUAUACUGUUUCAAUACAAACAAAUCUUUUAUCGAAUAUUGUCUAAAUCACAAAUUCUUAUAUAGUUAUUUAAAAAUAAUAGAUUAUAAAUUAAACAAAAAUCAAAUUAUGUAA